UUCCGCGUUCUCUGCAGAACUUGGAUCUUUGAUCGCGGAAGUGGCUCCAGUUCUCCAAAGAAAUCACAGACUCAUCAAACUGACUGUACUUCCCUUAAAGGUUUCAUUCUUCAAGUUAUGUUUGCGCCAUCUUCACGUUGACGCAUCCGUGGAUUGCGUGGAUUGGCAAUGCGCUCGUUCCUCGCGGCUCUUUAGAGUCUGAAAAUGAGUGAUCGGAGGGGGAACGCUUUGAAAACCAUUCUUCAGCUGAUGUGUCAGCUUCUGUGGGUGGUGGGGAUAGUGGUGGGCCUGAGUGGAUUGUACCUGCUGAUGAAAUACACACAGAACAGAAUAUUCUUUUCUGAUGCCUACAUCACCCUGCCAGCCAUCUGCGCUUUCGCCAGCGCUGUGGUCCUAGUGGUCAGUGCUUUCGUCGGUUCCUGGCUGAGCCUCAGGGAUUCCAUGUGUCUGCAGGGAUGGUUUGUUUUGCUGCUAGUUUUGGUCUUUUGUCUGGAGAGCACAGCUUCAGCCUUGGCUUAUUUUCACACUAAAAAUCUGGAUUCAGAAAUAGCUCCGCUCAGUGGAAUGUUUCAGAAAUACACAGGCAGCAGUCAGGACGCCAACUCUCGGGCUGUGGAUGCUGCACAAGAAGAGUUGCAGUGUUGUGGUGUCCAUGACUACAAGGACUGGCUGGAAACCUCCUGGUUCAACCGUACUGGUGGACACUCGGUUCCUCACAGUUGCUGUAACUCUACUUUCUCCUCCUGCAAUGGCACUGUGGACCAGCCAUGGGAGCUUUAUGCACAGGGCUGCCAGGUGAAGCUGGAGAUGUCUAUUCGGUCUGUGCUGACUUAUAUCAUCUGGGGCUUCCCACUGGUUUUUCUGGUGGAGGUUGCUUUGUUUGUGGCGGUGGCACAGCUGAUGAGGGACCAUCCAUUAAUGGCAUAUCAAAUAAUGGACAAAAACUAAAGACACUGAAAGAUGGGGCAGCAUUGUCCAGAUGUAAUGAUGCUACACAGUAUGUCAUAACACAGUGUGUAAAAGUGCAUCAGAUUAUAAAGGGAAAUGAUGUUAGAUUAACUCUCACCUAAUACACUAGUACACUAAAAUACUUACUUUUGUUACACACUUACAUGUUUUUUACUGUAAUUUAGUCUAUGUGUCUGUAGACUCAUCUUAGUGAUGUGUCUUCUGUUUGGGGAAUAUUAGUUGUUGUCCUUAGUGACAACAUCUAGUCUUUUUUUUUUUAUCAACCGAUACCUGGAUAUCUUUCAUACCUUCCAGUAUAGCUCUUUUAAACAAAUCAUGAUAUGUGUUGGUUUGUGCCUUGGUAUGUAAGGUUACAUCGUCUUAUCUGACAUGUUAUUGUUGUAUACAGAGCACUUUUUUUUUUACACUCCCUCUCUUUGUUUGAAACUCACAUUGAGAACUCAUUUCUGACAAUCUUUAUAUUGCACUCAAGUCUUUAUCUUUUAUGAUUUCAGCCGGAUGAUUGUAAUGAUAGGUGAUAAGUGAUACGUUUGAUGAUAGGUUUAGCCAAAUGAUAAAAUUGCUUAAUCAGUCAUUUUUUUUAAACUAAAAUAUUUUUUGUCCUUGGAAAAAAAACCCUGAUAUGUGGAGAGGUGCUGAGAUGGUAAUCCUUCCCUUUGCAACAAACUGUGUACAUUUGAUGCAAGUCUAAAAUACAGAAAUUGUGAUAUGUA